GACCUGCCAGGGACUGAGCGAGCGAGUGACGACGUGCUAGCGAGUUAGCAGGAUAGCUAUCUCUACCUAGUGUGUGCGCGGUUGAGGUGAUUUAUGUAUGAUAUAGAGUAGUACUGCUGAAUAUAAUCAAUUUUAUUUUACGUUAGCAACCCAAGUAAUUUAACUAUGCCCAGCAAAAAGAAGAAAUACAACGCCAGAUUCCCUCCGGCGAGGAUUAAGAAGAUUAUGCAGACAGACGAAGAAAUAGGCAAAGUGGCUGCAGCAGUACCUGUUAUCAUUUCGAGAGCCCUGGAGCUUUUUUUGGAAUCAUUGCUUACAAAGGCCUGUCAAGUCACCCAGUCUAGGAAUGCAAAGACAAUGACAACAUCGCAUCUAAAGCAGUGUAUCGAGCUAGAGCAACAGUUUGAUUUCCUGAAGGACUUGGUGGCAACGGUGCCAGACAUGCAGGGCGAAGGGGAGGAGAACCACACUGAGGGGGGAGGAGAAAAAGUCCCACGCAGGGGUCGAAAACCAGGGUCUGGUCGCAAGAAUGGGGGAGCUGGCUCCAAAGGCAAGGACAAGAAGUUGUCUGGCACAGAGUCAGAGCAAGAGGAUGACUCUGAAGACAGCGAGACGGAUGGGGAUGAGGAGGACGGCUCUCAGUCAAGCACAAAUCUGCAGGCUGCAUCCAGGUUCCACAGCUCAAACGCACCCCCCCAGUACAUGCCCAUGGGCGGCAUGGUCUCGAUGGGCAGCAUGGCUCCCGCACAGCCCCAGGGCGGCAUGGCCUUCGCCCCCCACCCUUCCAUGAUCAGCGUCGCGCCACCUCCCCCAGCCCCUGAGCCGCACAAAAACGAGGACGACGACGACGAAGACUAUGACUCUUAGCUCCCUCCUCCUCCACCACUUACACACACACACACACACACUCUUUCAACAUUAUUUUCGAUUUCUUAAGUUGUUCUUGCGGCGGCCGCUCGACGCCGAGGAGGGAAAGACUCUUCAUCGCAGCCCGCUGACAGCAUCAUCCUCCGCAGCUGGCUGUUACAGACGCCGCUGCAGGAGACAGGAAUCUGGUUGUAUAUUAUGUGUUUUAAUUUUCAUUUUUUUUUUAAAAAAAGGUUUUAUUUUAUUGUAGAGGAGAAUCCAAUGAGGAUGUUUUUUAACAAGUCAGUCGUUCUUUUUUGACUAUUACAAAACAGCAGUCGUCACUGUUUUUUUCUUUUUGCCAUGAGCCCCCGCAGACAGGAUAGGUGUGGUUUGUGUUGCCUUGUAGCUUUUUCUUUUGGCACUUUCCUUUUUCCUCAAUCCUCUGUAGUAGACAUUGUGAAGUGAGCAAAUCAGUCACUCAAAGUCGGCUGGAAAAAAUAAACCAUAGGUGGUAGUUAAAGCCUUAUUAUAGCCUCGGAUGCAAAUGCAACUAGCUGAGAUGAGUUCAAGGCAGCAGUUUGUGAAGUAUUUGGAAGGUGAUCAGCACUUUUUGAAGAGAAAGGUCACUGUCUCGCCCAUGAAGUGUUAUAUUACUGUUAUCGAUUGGCUAUAAAAUACUGCUGUUGAGCCCUACUUCCCGGCUUUGUCGCAACUCACUAGUCAGUCCAAUUGUCAGGCUGUAACAUAAACAAGGAAGCAGGUGUAUUUUUACUAUAGGUUAGCUAACCACAGCUUUUUUUUUUUUGAAGUAGUUUCUAUUUUUAAUUCACGUUUUUAUCAAAAGAACCAUAAACCUCCACAACCGCAGCCGUGAAGUCAGCCAUAUCAGCAGGUUAAUGAGUAACAUUUUGUUUGUUGUUAUUUUUGACACUGCCAGAGGUCAGUCACUCUGGCAGUUGGACCUUGUAUAUUAUUUUAUACGCCCAUUAACCUCCCCUGAAUUGCCCAUCAGAAGCAUACUGUGACUCUUGGACCAUAACUUUGUUUUUAAAGUUGUUUGUCUCCUUUGUCCAAUCUCAUUUCUAUUCUGCCCCCCCCCCCCCCCCCAUUUUGAGUAACAUAAUUUCUCCCCUCUUUUAGAUUGUUUUAAAUGUACCCAUCAAAAAACAGAGAUGGGGCUCCCAUUUAUGUGUCAGUCUCAGUAUGAAAUGUUUCCGAAUAGACAGUUGACACUGUAUUGUAAACUUUUAACAUUCUUUUUAUUUUGUAUGGGUGAAAUAAAGUUCAUAUUUCAAUUAAAAAAGAAAA